CUAACCUUCUUACGAGAAGCGCAGAUGAAUAUUGAAAAACGCGCAGCCAGCUAAAAGAAAACGAAAAAGAAAACGCGUAGCUGCACCGGCGCUGCACAAGCAGUCAAGCACAAACCCUAGAUCAUCCCGUCAUCACGCGGACCAGCGGCAGCGACGCGGGGGCGGGGGCAGGACAGGUGACGGCGAGUCCGGCUUGUAUAAGACAGCCACGCACGCGUCUCUCGAUUCGCCUCGACACUAGAUCCCCAAAUCCGUCCCCGAUUCGCCUGCUUCCUCGGGAACAAAUUGCGCGAUGACGGCAAAGACCCUGAGAAACAAGCAGAGGAUUGAUCGCACACCAGGUGUGAGUAGGGAACAGGGAGCCAUAAAUAGAAAGAACAAACUUGAGUCAUCAAAACGCUCGAGUGAUGGAACAGAAGGCUAUAGAAGGGCCAUAAAACACCUGCUAAAACUUCAAUCAAUGGAGGCGGCAUUGGUUGAUGCUGAAUUGAAACGAUGUGCUGCAGAGGAGGAACUGUUUUUCAAACUUCCUGAUCGAGUUGUUCCAGGCACUACUUUUGAAGAAAAAUCAUUUGGAUAUUCAGUCCCAUCUGAUCAAAAAAUUUAUCAAGAUUUAUCUUCCAUGGUCGUCUCACUUGCUCUUUUUGAUGGAGAUAAGAUGCUAUUUGCAUGCUCAGGCAUACCUCUACCACGCGGGAACUCUAAACUUCACCUAACAAGAUUUGUGACUUCAGCACAUCUUGUUGAAGAAUUCAACAAAAAUAGAUAUAAAGAUGAUCAAUUGAGAGUUGAAGUGUGCCUUCCUGAUAGAAGAACUAUCAAUGGGUUUCUGGGACUAUAUGACAAAGAUAUUGCUAUUGUCACAUCCUUUGGCCUCCAAGCUGUUCAUCCUGUAGAUCUGGAUGUUGAAGCAACUGUUCCUCCUGAUGAUAGAGUACUAGCUGUUGGGCGUGCCUUCAAGUCAGGCAGUUUGAUGACUAUGGAUCUGCUUGGGGGGGAUAUGGUGAACAACACCUGGUUUGUUGAUGGCCAAAAUUACUCAGAGGCUGUACUUGGAGGACCACUUGUGGUAGAGACGCUUAAUGGAAGUGGUGUGAGUUUUCUUGGGAUGAACCUUUAUUGUUGUAAUCAGUGUGCAAAUGAGAAAUACAACUUCCUUCCACAGAAGUUACUUCAUGAACGCUUGAAGCAUUUUCAGAUACUCAAUCCUAAACAACUGCACUUCCGUGAAUAUUUAUUGCCUGAUGGUGUAUCAAGCAUAGUCCCUUCAGGAUUUGUGAGAACUAUUAAUCGUAUGAAAUCCUUAGGCUAUCCCUUGCCGCCACCACUUAUGCUUGAGCUGAAUGGGGAAUUGCUUAACUCCUUUGAAGGAUACUUUGGUGAAGUACGUGCUUGGAAAGGGUAUCCUUUCGGUUAUCCACCUGUUGGUUCUGAGAAAUGUGUCUGGGAGCAUCUUUCAAAAAAAGUUGUGACAAAUAUAUCACGUCGUGUUGUCUCACUUGCUUCCUUCAAUGGGCCAAGUAGGUUUUUUGCAUGCACAGGCUUGCUUAUAAAGUGGAACAUGCACACUUUCGUCCUGACUUCAGCCAGUUUGGUUAGAAGCCGCCUUCAUCAUGAAAAAAUUGAUAAUAGCUUGACGAUUGAGGUGUUCCUCCCACCAAAUCAACGUGUCAGUGGGACAUUAGAAUUGUAUAAUUUAAACUAUAAUUUUGCUAUUGUCAGUGUUAAGAAUUUGCAUGCUAUUUGUCUGGAAGACAUUUUCAAUCAAAAUCCCAAGGCAUCUAAAGUAGUAGCUGUAGGGCGAGACGCAGAUCAAGGACUUUUAAUGGGCUCCAUUGGUGAAGUGAAGCAUAGAAACAAAGAGACCAAACUGAACAGCAGAGAUCUUAAGCUAUCCACUUGUAGAAUCAAUAAGGCUGGGAUUGGAGGCCCUCUUGUUGAUUUUGAUGGAAGUUUUGUUGGCAUGAAUUUCUACGAAGGGAGUAAAGUAACUCCUUUCUUGCCAAAGAGUAAGAUUGUCAAUGCUUUGAGAGGAGUGAAAAAUUUUCCACCACCAUUGGAAAGAUGUUUAUCAUACAAAGGAUUUGUUGUUCCUAUGCAAAUAAACAAUAAAGGCACUCCAGUACUCAAGGCGCAGAAAAUGAAAACCAGAUGGCCUGUUCCUGAGCCAUAUUGGUAUCAUGGUGCACUUGAUGUGGAUAGGUAUCAUGUACCCAUGCUUCGUGGGAGGACACUUCAUUAGCCAUCAUCACGCUGUUGGAGUAUCAAAGGGGCCUUUUUAAUUUUCAUCUAGCAAGCAGCUAAUGGACCUGUAGCCCUGUUCUUUUUGAAAUUUUAUGUGAAAUAUUAUAUGCAAGUUGGACUGCAUAGUGAAGGGAUUGCCCGUUUGCACUUACAAAUUUGGUCAGAUGUAUGACUUGAGCUAAACGCACUCAGACAGUUAAAGAAAAACACUCAGUUGACUAGUCGCAACA